CUACUGGGUUAUAUUCAUAUUUUUCAGGUUGGAAUAGCAACAUGCCAAAUUGCGAGAGCUUAUGGCUUAAAGGUUUUGGGUACAGCUAGUACUGAAGAGGGACAAAAGAUUGUUUUGCAAAAUGGAGCCCAUGAAGUGUUUAACCACAAAGAAGUUAAUUAUGUUGAUAAAAUUAAGAAAUCUGUUGGUGAGAACGGAAUUGAUGUGAUUAUUGAAAUGUUAGCUAACGUAAAUCUUAACAAGGAUUUGAAUCUUCUGUCAUAUGGAGGACGAGUAAUAGUUGUUGGCAACAGAGGAACUAUUGAAAUAAACCCACGGGACACCAUGGUAAAGGAGUGAGCAGUAUAAUUGGAGUUACUUUGUUUGCCAAACCAAGG